AUUCCUCUGCAGCCUCAUUUGCUUCUUUCUUCUCUGUCUUCUUAGGAGAUAAAAUGGUUUCUUAUCACUUUUUAUUUUAAUUUAUUAUUCAUAAUUUCUCAGUCAUGUUUUUAAUAACUUUGUCAGAAACUGUUCUAAGUGUUAAAGUUUCUGUUGAAGCCACAGUUCAAGGGAAGCAUUUAAUAGGUGGUCUAAAGUAUUUGAGAUAUUUGUGAUAUGCUUGACUUGUUAAAGAAAAUGAGUUAUUUCAUAAAUCUGUCUCUUGAGGCCAACUCUGCUUUGGGUGUUAGUGUGUUGCCUAGAAGUGAAUAGCAGGCAGCAAACUAGAUUUCACUGAUGGAAACUGGGAUGGAGCAUCUGGUAACUGGGGAAGGUGAUGUUUCAAAAAUUAAUGGUAGUACUCUUAGCUCUAGGCUGACUUACCAAAGCACAGAAAUACCAGUACCUUUUUUAAGUGCUUGCUGGAUUCUGGGUGAUCAGAUAAGAUUUUUUAUUUUAAUUUUCCCUGUUACUCUAAUAGUAUAAAGUGGCUGUGAAAGCCCUGCCUCCUGCUUGAGAAGACGCUGCAGGCACUGAAAUUGCAUAAGGCUGUGACUCAACAGUGCAUCAAGUCCAGCUUUCAAGUUCCUGACAAAGAAAGCCACAGCCUUGUGGGAUGAACUGCUGAUUCAGUAUGAAAUUGUAAGGCUGAGUAUGCUGUACACAAAAAGUCAGCAGUUGUUUGUCAUUAUCAGACGUGGUCCAUCUGCCCCAGUCUGACAUUCUGUUGAAUCAGGUGACACCACGAUGCCCAAGUCUUGUGCCAAUGCUCACAAAGCCCCAGGGAUAUCAGCACAUCAGUUACCGAGGAAUGAACACAGAGCUUACAAGUUGUUUGAAUGAUGGAAACUAUCUCCAAAAUCAAACUUGAAUGCUUCAACCUAAACAGACUUAGAUCAGACCACUGAUGAUAUUGUGAAAGUUGAAGUAUGGGAUGUAGUUGACAAAGGAAAAUGCAAAAAACGAGGAGAUGGUUUGAAACUGGAGAAUGACCCUCAGGAGGCAGAGUCAGAAAUGGCUCUGGAUGCAGAGUUCCUGGAUGUCUAUAAGAACUGCAAUGGUGUGGUGAUGAUGUUUGACAUCACCAAGCAGUGGACAUUUAACUAUAUUCUGAGGGAGCUUCCUAAAGUACCGACCCACGUUCCAGUGUGUGUGCUUGGGAAUUACCGGGACAUGGGCGAGCACCGGGUCAUCCUGCCUGGCGACGUGCGGGACCUCAUUGACAACCUGAACAGGCCCCCUGGCUCCUCCUAUUUCCGCUAUGCUGAGUCUUCCAUGAAGAACAGCUUUGGCCUCAAGUACCUGCACAAAUUCUUCAACAUCCCCUUCUUGCAGCUGCAGAGGGAGACGUUGCUGCGGCAGCUGGAAACAAAUCAGCUGGAUAUUGAUGCAACUCUGGAGGAGCUGUCAGUGCAGCAAGAGACUGAAGACCAAAACUACGAACUGUUUCUUGAAAUGAUGGAAGCCCGCAGUCAAGGGCACACAUCACCACUAGCAACAAACGGGCAGAGCCCUUCCUCUGGCUCCCAGUCGCCCAUCGUUCCUCCGAGCUCCACGUCGACGGGCAGCUCUAGCCCUGGCACCCCGCAGCCGGCGCUUGCUGCGAGCUCCACCAUCUCUCCUGACCCCCCACCAUCCUUUUCACCAGUGCCUGCGCCCGAGGCCCCACAGCCCCACGUGCCUGCGCCGACACCCCCGGCCGCGGCCCCCCCGCCCAAGCGCGGCAUUAUUGCACGGCUGUUUGGGACGGCCCCCGCCUCAGAGCCCUCUCCUCCCCAGCCAGAUCCUGCUGCUGCCACUCCUCCCCCCGACCCUGCAGCCCCUGCCAAGGUACAGAGCGUGGAGGACUUUGUUCCUGAGGACAGCCUGGACCACAGUUUUUUGGAAGACUCGGCACCACAGAAGGACAAAGGGAAACCGCAGCCCAAACACCGUGUGGAUAGUGAAAGUGAUGGAGAGGCACCCGGGGGGAACCCCAUGGUGGCAGGUUUCCAAGAUGACCUGGAUCUGGAUGACAAAAUCCCCAGCAGACCAGUGCUGGCAGGAGAACGGGUGCCCAGCAAGAACAUCACCCUCUCCAGUGAGGAGGAGGAAGAGGAAGAGGUGAAGGACUCUAAGGUCAUCCUCAUACCAGAUGAAGACAAAAACACAGAGCAGGAAAAAAAAAGGUCUUCCAGAAAUUCUCUGAAACCACAGAGUGAAGCAAUUUUGACCAAAGCAACCGACCCGAAGCCUCCUGACAGUUUACCUCCCCGAUCCGGGUCUGAACGAAACAGCAGCAGCAAGGUCAACACCGGCCUGGCAGCCACUGCUGCUGCCCCUGCAGCAGCAGCCCAGGCCUCAAAGGCCACUUCCCAAAGCAAAGGACUUGCUUCCAAGCAGAAAGUGGUCAAAGAGGAGAAACCCGAGGAGUCUGACAGUGAUCAAGAGGGACCAAUAGCUACUCAGAUGCUUUCAUUUGUUAUGGAUGACCCAGACUUUGAAAGUGAGGAUUCUGACAGCCAGAAGAAGAAAAUGGAUGAAUUCCCAGUGCGGGAAGACCUCUCAGAAGUAUCUGAUGAUGAUACCUCUCUGGCAAAGCCACCCCAACCUGUGAAAUCAACAGUCCCCUCAUUUAAACUGAAAAAUGACUCAGAUCUCUUUGGUUUGGGUUUGGAAGAAGCUGGUCCCAAGGAGAGCAGCGAGGAAGAUAAACAACCUUCUAAGGAGAAAAAGAAGAAGAAAAAGAAAAGCAAAGAGGAAGAGGACAAGUCAGUGAAAAAGAAGAGCAAACACAAGAAGAGCAAAGAGAAGGAGGAGAGCAAAGAGGAGAAAGAGAAAAAGAAAAAGAAAAAGAAGAGCAAGGAGAAAAGCAGUGAGAUAGAUGAACUUGAGGCUUUUCUUGGCGGAGGAGGAACCAGCAUGAGCAAGCCACGGGGCGGAGGGGACUAUGAGGAGCUGUAGGCUGGCUGUGAACUCUGCAUUGUGGCUGUCUCCAUCUUCUCUGACGAGUCACCCCAGGGCAGGCACAGAUGUGUAAAGCUUUGGCCAUUUGAUGUAUAUUCUCUCAAACCAGAGUGAGCAAAACAAAAGCUUUACAUCUGUGUGUGCUGGCCUGGUGCAUCGUUACACAAAGCAAGCGCAGCUGAGAUGUUCGUGAGCCAGGGGAAGGUUCAGGGUGCGGCUUCCAGGUUGUCGGCUUUUCUCCUUGAGAGAUGCCCCGUGGGGUCACUGGCAGGGUGUGGGGGUGAGGGGACCUGCCUCCUGCUCCAUCCCUGCUGCAUUCCACUGCUGCACACUUGAAAUUCCUGUCUUGUUAAGAGGAGUACAAAAACAUGCCGCAUGAACGCAUCGUGCUCGACUGUCUCAAGUCUUUAACUUCUUAUCCUUCCUAUUUUUUUAAGGAGAAAGGUGAUAUUGGCCAUAGCUUCACCCAGCAGUUGAUGAGCUUUAAGUCAAGCAGAUCAUCUAUGGUACAGCUCUCUAAAGUAGCAGGCGCAGAGCCAGCAUGGAAGAGAGCGCGUGUGAUUUUUGGAGCCCUUUGAACGGGACCUUUCUGCACAGCAGCUUAAUUAGCCCUCACUGGUGCUGCUGUUGGAAUUCAUGAAGCCCAUUGAUUUCCGUGGCCCCAGUGUCUCAGACACUACAUGUAAGCUGCUAUGCAGUUUGGGAAAACAAUGCAAAGUGGAAAGCUAACCUGAAAGAGAGAGAAAAAUCAAUGCUUUUCUGCACUUCCCACUCUUAAAUUUGCAUAUUCCAGAAUCCCCUCCUGCCGGAACCUCUCAGGGACAUGAUUCCAUGUGGAAAUGAAGAUAUCCAGAGCUUCAGAAUUGGCUACAGGGCAGUGUUGGCAUGGCAAGGCAUUUGCUUCUCAGGCAUUUUACAGACAGGCUGUAAAGCCCCAGCUGCCGCUCUGCACAGAGAGGGACCAGCACUGCAGCUCAGCAGCGUCCGUCCUGCUCCAGCUUCUGUCCAUACUGCAGCCAGCCAGCGUGCUGCCUUUCCUGCCCCAAGCACAGCCCCCUCUGUCCCGUGUUUGGGAAGCCUUUUAGUUUUUGCUUUGAACUUAAACCCGUGGAUUGGUACCUGCUCAGCAGCCACUGGAUGGGCACUGCGGCCACCCUGUGCCUCACUGAGCAGCCCCUGUGUUUGAUGGAGCUGGUCAGUUCUCUGUGCUCCUCCUGGUUUGGUUCUGGGGUCCCUUGCUCAGCUCAGAUGGUGAAACUCCCUUCAGGUUCUGUGCAUUACAUUUCCCUCUUGCUUGUAAGUUGAUUUGGGGUUUGGUUUUGUUCUCCCUCUCCCCUUUUUGUUGUAAAAUGUCAACCAUGAAAUCCAAACUGGAGUUUUCCUUCUGUGUCCCUGUAUCAAGCAAUGUGUUCUUUUGAUUCAUUAUCCACUCCAGAGCUGUCUUGACCAGCAGGCAUUUUCCUGCUCCAUUUUUCUUUUUCUUGCCCACAAAGUGCACUUGUAACCAUUUCCCUAUAAAACAAACUGGUUUUUUGCUGCA